GCAUCUCGUCACAUCUUCCUGGGGAGGACGAUGGGGGUGGGUGUGUCAAGUCUUAUUCCGUUUCUCUAAAGCAGCCUAUCAAAGCGGAAUCUGAGAUCGAAUUGUGUGCAACUGAUGGUAGAUCUGUUUGGACACCUGGAGCCCCCGAAUCGACGAAUCCUGCAGCCUGAGGUCCACCGCACCCCGGAGGCAAGCUUGCUUACGAACGACACCGAUUGCACAAGCUGCAAAUCAAGACCCCACUGGAAUAGAGGAACACAGACUCCCAAUUAGGCUCCUCCCCCCUCCCCCCCCCCAAAAAAGCCCAGGAAUUUGGUAUUGAGAUACGGUGUCAUCAGCAGGCAUGGCAAACAUCCUUGCACAUGUGGGUGCCAAUGAGGGACAGAAUGAAGCCUUGCCUCCUUGGGCCCAUUCCUUGCUGAGAUCUCUGGGGAGAAGUCUGGGCCCUUUGAUGACCUACAUAGCAGAGAGAAACUUGAAAUUGUUCUCAGGGAAGGCAGUGCCAGUCCAGGGGGAAGAAACUUUUGAAAACUGGCUGAUCCAAGUCAAUGGAGUCUUGCCAGAUUGGAAUAUCCCUGAGGAAGAAAAACUCAAGCGUUUGAUGAAAACCCUUAGGGGUCCUGCCAGGGAGGUCAUGCGUUUGCUCCAGUCUGCCAACCCUAACCUAAGCGUGGCAGAUUUUUUGCAAGCAAUGAAAUUGGUGUUUGGGGAAUCUGAAAGCACCGUGACCGCCCAUGGGAAAUUUGUGAACACGCUGCAGGCACAGGGGGAGAAAGCUUCCCUUUAUGUGAUCCGUUUAGAGGUGCAACUCCAAAAUGCUAUCCAGGCAGGUGUCCUGUCCGAGAGCGAUGCAAACCAGACUCGCCUGCACCAGUUCCUGGUAGGGGCUGAGCUCAGUAGGGACCUGCACUGCAGGCUUAAGGGGCUUCUCAGGGUGUAUGCAAAUGAGCCCGAGCAUCUUCCUGAUUUCCUGGAGUUAAUCAGGAUGAUCAGGGAGGAAGAAGAUUGGGAUGACACUUUUAUUAGACCAAAGCAGUCCAAAAGAUCUGAGUCAGAGGUGGAGUAUGUAAGCAACCCUGUGGUAUUUGAGGACGACGCCCCAAUCGCCAUGAGCAGUGCUGACUGCAAUGUCAUAGAGAUAGACGAUACCUUGGAUGACUCGGAUGAGGAUGUGAUCCUGGUAGAAUCGCAGGACCCUCCACUCUCAUCCUUGGGUUCCCCUCCCAUCCCAGACAUCUAUCAGGACCAAGUGCUGCUCAUUGAUUCCCCCAGCACUUCCUCCACUCAGUCUCCUUCCACCAGCCAUGGUGAUGGGAGGAGAGCCAGGAAGCGAAAACACACCACAGGCUGUUCCAAUUGUGGCGAGGAUGGCCAUUCCAAAGAAACCUGUGAAAAUAGCAACAAGACCCAAGUGUUUGAGAAUCUGCUCAUCACCCUACAGGAGCUGACACAUAGAGAGCAGGGAUCAAGGCCUGCCAAACCCAGUGGCCCCUCUGAGCUACAGUACGGUGCUGGCCCCCAGCCUUAAAUGAGCCCUUCCCUAGAUUGACUGGGAAAUUAGGGGAGGAGGAUGUCUAACUUGCAUGAAUUAAUCCAAAAA